AUGAAUGGUGACGACAAUGCUAAUAAACGUCAAAUAGCUAUUACUAGACGAGAUGAGCUUGACCAUCCUCCAGAAGUUCUGGAUCAGAAUUCAAGGAUCUGCAUCAAUUGUAAUCGCAUGAUCAUUGAAGAAAUGAAUAUGAUGGAUGCUGAUCCUGGAUUUUUGCGACUGAAUGUUGUCACGCAAACAGCAUCUCAGACUUGUAUCAUUUGUAAUAACCUAAAUGAGAUUCAUAGAUUAUCAUUAGAUUGUCGGAUUCAAGUAUUUAUAAAACGCAAUAUUUAUAUACCAGAUAACGUGCGCAGUUGUGCGCAUCACCUUGAUAAUGAUGGCUUAUUUUUCAAUAUUCUUUUGUUAGGUUUACAGUUCAUCAACAGACCUUACAUUAUCAGAGGACAGCAGUUACAAGUCUUUCUUCAAGGACUUAGGAACGUCGCACUUGAUAGGGGAACAGGUAUAGACUACGAUAAGUUGACUGAUGAGGAGUUUGAGUGUUUGUCCUCAAUCAAUAAACAACAGUUUGAAGAACUCCUAACUUACUGUGAUCCUGUUGUUCAAAAUGGAAAGUUGAGACACGUCGGCAGGACAGAUUUAUUGAUAUUCUUAUGCAAAAUGAGGCAAGGCCUGAGCGAUGAGUUUUUGAAAGUCAUUUUCAACCAAUCAAGUAGGCAAAAUGUUAGUUCUAUCAUUGAUUAUGUCAAGUCCUCGUUGCUACUAAGAUUUGUUCCAGAAAAUAUCGGGCCUGGAUCUAUAACUAGGGAGCAAUUUGUACAUCAACAUAUAACAGAGUUUGCAAAUGAGCUCUACAACCCUGAACCUGCAGAAAGAAGAGAAAUAGCCGUGAUUGACAGUACGUAUGCCUACAUUUAUAAAAGCUCAAACUUCCGCAUGUUACGACAGUCAUACUCUCUUCACAAAAACCGUCACCUUUUGAAACCAACCCUAGUAGUAGCGCCGGAUGGUUAUAUCCUAACCAUUUUCGGUCCAUAUUUUUCAGAUGCUCGAAAUAACGAUGCCAAAAUUCUUCGCGAAGAGUUCGAGAGAGAUGCUGAUGCUUUGGCAAACUGGUUCCAAAAUGGUGACAUUGUUUUAGUGGACAGGGGCUAUCGCGAUGCUGUACCUUUAUUGCAACGUCUCGGUAUUGAACACAGAAUGCCUGCUCUAUUGCAAUACGGGCAAAGACAGCUUACGACUGUAGAUGCAAAUGAUUCUAGGACCGUAACGAAAAAUCGCUGGGUAGUUGAAGCACGUAAUGGUCAUAUAAGAAAUAUUUUUAAGUUUCUGGCCCAGACAAUAAAUCUGGAGUACGCGAAGCAUCUUAAUGCCUAUUAUCGUAUAGCUGGAGCUAUCAUUAAUAGAUACCACCCUGUUCUUAUAAUGCAAGGUGCAGAUGCUGCACAGGCCAGAGAGAUCAUUCGAAGAUCAAGGAUGCCCAAUGUUGUGCAAGCGAGAGUAGAGGUAGAAAACUUAGUUCGGAGAAAUGGCCAGUGGCGAAGAUUGAACCAGGAAGCUGUGGUAGAUUUUCCAAUAUUUGAUUUGGACUACCUUAGAGAUCUGACUAUCGGCACUUACCAAGUGAAUCUUUCACCUUCAUAUGUUCAAGAUAAAGUAGUAAGGGAUAACGAUGAGGAAUUUCAGCUUGAUCAAAAUAUUAAUGAGCCAGGAUUCUUGCGUAUACGAUUGUAUUCAAGAUUCCGCAACGCUACCAGGCACCAGAUUUUUAUAUCAUAUGCAGUCCAAGAUGUAGACAAUGAAGAUCGUCAGAAUGACGAAGAUACAAUUCUGGGCUACUAUUGCACUUGUCAAAGUGAGGCACGUACUCUAGGUACAUGUGCAUACGUUGCUAGUGUAUUGUGGUAUUUGGGAUAUGCACUGCAUCAAGAAAAUAUUAGACACCCUGAUGAUUCAUUACUGAAUACUACAUCCGAUGCUGCGAACCGAGGUAAUCAGCAUAAUGAAAUAGACAUAGUGGGUGAAUAA